AUGGGUGCUUUGAAGAAAAAGCGUGAGAAAAACGUUGAAGAUGGAGCAAUCGAUGAAACUUCCGCGCGACAGCCAAAAGAGAAGAAGCACAAACGAAAAGUGCGAAUAGCUGAGGAUCCACCUGAAGCUAUGGAAUCUUCUAGCGACGCUCCGAAGGCUCAAAAGGCAGAAGUACAAGUUGAGUCGGAAGGAGGUCCUCGCAAGCGGAAGCGUAUACGCAAGAACAAGCAUCAUAAGAAACAACAAGGAGACUUCAAAAGACCAAAGUUGAGCGUGGUAGAACCAGAAGUUGGCGCGAGAACCUUCAGCGACUUUGAUAUUGAUGAAAGGAUACUAAAGGCAAUUGGAAAUCUUGGAUGGAAAUGGCCAACUCAAGUGCAAGAAUCAAUGUUUUCUUUGGCUUUCGAAGACAAGAAUAUUAUGGCUAGAGCAAGAACUGGAAGUGGUAAAACAGGAGCUUAUCUGAUCCCGAUCAUACAAAAGUGCAUCGCUUACUCGGUGAGUAGCUUCUUUCCGAAGCCACCCUUUCGUAUCAUCGCUGCAGUUCUCACUUUCUUUUUAAUUAGAUUUUUUGCACUGCAAGACAAUGAAGAGCCGCAAGGGCCAUCAGCUUUGUUCAUCGCACCAACGAAGGAGUUAUGCGUGCAAAUCAAUGAUCUCUUGGUGAAACUGUUAGAACCCUUGCCAUUUCUGCGCGCUCUGAAUUUGUCUGAUUUGACUUCAGAAGAGAAAUCUGUCUGGGAAAAC